AUGGCCAAUGUCUCCAUACAUACCCCCGCCAUCCCCAAACAGCAUGCUGCAGAGAGUGAAGCCAAGCUGAAAAAAGCUCUGUCGAAGAACGCCGCGUCUGUCCAUUCGACGCCGAUGCCGCAAUACGUGACACUGCCGCCCUCGCAGUCAUCUCAUGGUCAUGUCAUGAUGCGCAAACCGAUCAGAACAAAACUCCAGGCUUAA